AUGUUAGAGCAACAAAGUAUACCAAAUGACCCAACUUUCCAAUCUAUGCACAACAUUAUCCAUAUUGAUGAAAAAUGGUUUUACAUGACAAAGAAAUCCCAAACCUACUACUUGGCAGUGGGAGAGGAGCCACCACAUCGAACAUGUAAAAACAAGAACUAUGUUGGUAAAGUUAUGUUCCUAGUUGCUGUGGCUAGACCUAGAUUUGAUGCACAAGGAAAUGAAAUUUUCUCUGGGAAGAUUGGUUUGUUCCCUUUUGUUAGAAAAGAAGCAGCAAGAAGAAGGAGUGUGAACAGGAGCAGAGGCACAAUGGAAACAAAACCGAUCACUUCAAUUACAAAAGAAGUCAUGAAGUCUUUCUUUAUUGACAAAGUGCUACCAAAAAUCAAGGCCAAAUGGCCAAUAUGUCAUGCAAAUGAAACUAUUUUUGUUCAGCAAGAUAAUGCUCCUUGUCAUAUUGACAAUAAUGAUGAGGAUUUUCAGAUGGCAGCAAGUGAUUGUGGGUUUGAUAUUCGCUUGGUUUCUCAACCCCCCAACUCCCCUGAUUUAAACAUUUUGGAUCUUGGAUACUUUAGAGCAAUUCAAGCACUACAAUAUCAAGAGCCACCUAAAACUAUAGAGGACCUUGUUAGAGCUGUGGAGAAUUCCUUUGAAGUUUACACAUCUAAGCAAUUGAAUAGGAUUUUCCUAACACUACAAGCUACUAUGGUUGACACUAUGAAAGACAAAGGUUCAAAUAAGUACAAGCCAAGCCAUUUGAAGAAGGAUGUGAUGGAAAGAAGGGGUGAAUUGCCUAAUCAACUCAAGUGUGAUCCCUACCUAGUCCAAGAAGUGUUAGAGCACUUAAAAGAAGUGGAUGGAUAG